AUGGAAAGCUUUAUGGCACCGCUAAGCACCCUCAGCGAGCUGGGGCUUCAUCACGGCAAGAAUAAACUGCUGCGCGGCAAGGCGAGCGGGCCCUCGCGGCGCAAGCGGGAGUUCAUGCCCGACGAGAAGAAGGACACUAUGUACUGGGAGAAGAGACGCAAGAACAACGAGGCGGCCAAACGCUCCCGGGAAAAGAGACGACUCAAUGACUUUGCCAUGGAGAGCCAGUUGUCGGCUCUCAGUGAGGAGAACGCCCUCCUCAGGUCCGAGCUGCUGGCCUUGAAGCUGCACUUCGGUCUCAUCAGCCCGGACAUCUACACCCACCAGGCCGGUUCCAUCCAGGACUUCCUGGGGAUUUACCUCAGAGGGCACAAAGCAGCCGCCCCUUUCCUUGAGGUGGAGCCCUUGACCCGGGAUGGCUGCUUCAGGACAAACGGCGUUGUGCCCCGCAUGGUGGAGCCCACUGAGUUCGCUUACAAAAGCCUCACCCCACCCAGAAAUCUCCAGAGCUGUGACCCAAAGCAGACCCUACUGGGCACCCAGUAUGAUCUGAACCCUCACCAGCCAAAGAGGCUCGAAUCAGCCUUCAAAUCCACCCUCUGCCCCCCUUACUUCAAUUACCACUUUCUGGAGAAAUACACUUGCCGGUCCCCUUCGCUGGACAAUGCCCGUUUCUUGGCCACUUCUCCCAGUAUGGCUGAGGCAGGGAACCAAGGCGCCAAAAGCCCAUUAGAUGAAGAUGAUGAGCAGCAAGUGCCUAAAAUAUCCCCUCUCCCCCGCGGCAGCCAGCUGUGCCCUGCGGAGGACCCUUCCAGGGGCCGGAGCUAUUCUGCCCUGCCUCACAAACUCAGAAUUAAGACUAAAGCCCUCAGCAGCUGGGAGGAGAGCGGCUCUGAUUCCCGUUGA